AUGGGUACUGUUAGCGAAAAUUCGUUGGGAUCGAAAGAAGCAGAAACGGUGAUUCCACAGGUUGCUGCUUCCGAGCAAACUGAGCCUCCAGCGUUGAGCAAAUGGAAAUCUUUUAAAGAAUGUCGGCGAGAACGACAUCACGAAAGAAGGAAAGCGAAAAAAGAGAAAAAACUGAAGAAACGCGCUGCCCGCGAGAAGGAGCAAUUGCUUAAUGCCGUGCUGAAUGAAGACGAAAGUGUGGUAGCGGAAAGGUCGGAAGCUAGCGAUAGAGGAGAUGAGGAGAGCGGAGAAUUGCUGUGGUACAAUGCGGACGUCCCAUCCAAUGAUGAACGUCAGAAAGCCUGUAAUAUUGACAAAUCAGUGGACCCUCACAUAAAGGAUCGGGAUAUGGCAACUGAUGAAGCAUCAGAAGCAGUUCCAGAAGCACAGCACAAGAGAAUUCGUCACGAAUCUUUGAAUGAUGCCGUGGAUGAUGGGUCGUUUAGUACAACAGAACGCCACAUUGAGCAAGAAUCAGAACCAGGAGAGCUGGAGCCAGCUGCGAAACGGCCGAAACAUACGCAGUCGGAAACGGUGGCCACGGUUUCGGAAAGCCGAAAAGUGGAGAAGGGAACUCAAGCGGACGAGGAGCGCGUUGCCUAUAAGAGGGAAAUUAUUAAACGCAGAAUGGAG